CUUAAAUUAGGCUUUAUUUAUGUGCUGUUAUGAUUGUCUUUCAUUCCUAUUUUCAUACCAAAUAACAGCAUUUCAGCAUCUGCACACUGGAAUCUAGGUCAAAAUGAAUUUUGACAGCAUUCUGGCAGAGGCAAAUGGGUUUGGGUCAUACCAGAUCGCACUGGUCUUGCUACUGGCCAUACCACGCCUCACACUGCCGUGUCAUUUCCUGCUGAACAACUUUAUUGCUGCCAUCCCAUCUCACCAUUGUGACAUCAGCCAUUUGGAUGCUCAUGGGAUUUUUGAGAAUCUGACUCAAGAGGAGAGACUGACUGUCAGAAUUCCAGCACAGUAUGAUGGGACUCGUGCUUCCUGUCUCAUGUUCUCUCAUCCUCAGUUUCACCUGCUGUCAAACUCAUCCAGCACCAAAGAUCUUCCUGUAGUUCAGUGUCAGAAUGGAUGGAAGUAUGAUAACAGUAUAUUCAUCAGCACUCUGGCCACACAGUUUGAUUUAGUUUGUGAAAACAGGGGACUGGCACAAGCAUCAGGAACCAUAUUUUUUGUGGGUGUCAUGGUUGGAGCUGUGUUCUUUGGAAUAAUCAGUGACAAGUACGGCCGUAGGAGCAUGUUGCUGUUGUCCUACAUCUUAUCUAUAGUGUUCAGUGCUGCUAGCGCUUUCUCCACCACCUAUAUUAUGUUCGCCGUCUUCCGCUUCUUCAGUGGAUUUGCACUGACGGGCAUCACAAACAUAUCAGUUGUGCUCAGUAUUGAAUGGGUUGACACUAAACACCGUACAUUUGUCGCAGUGUUUGGCAGUCUGGCCUGGGCUAUAGGAAACAUGAUGCUGGCAGGUUUUGCGUAUAUGGUUACUGAUUGGAGGAUGCUGAUUAUUACCAUCACUUCUCCACUUCUACUUGCAGCUGUUACCUGGUGGUGGAUCCCUGAAUCGGCCCGGUGGCUCAUAGCAAAUAAUAAGCCAAACACAGCUUACAAGUAUCUGGAAAAAUGUGCUAAGUUCAAUAACAAAGAAGACUUCACGUUCAGAGUCAAGCCAGAGUCUCUGUUGGUGACUGUGGAUAAACCAAAUCGCAUUUAUACAUACUUAGACCUCAUCAAAACCCCAAAGCUGAGGAAUCUUACACUGUUUACAGGCAUAGUGUGGUAUGGGGUUUCAUUUACAUACUAUGGCAUCAGCUUAAACAUCACUGGCUUUGGACUUGGUCCUUUUCUGACUCAUUUCAUUUACGCAGCCAUAGAGUUCCCUGCAAAAAUCCUCACCUACUUCUGUCUUGACAAAGUCGGCCGCAGGCUCUGUCAAGCUGGGUCACUGAUAUUAACAGGACUCUGUAUACUCAUCAACAUCAUCACACCUGCAGAAUACUGGGUGUUCCGGACUGUAAUUGCUGUGUUGGGUAAAGGGCUUUCAGAGGUUUCAUUUACUACUGUGUUUCUAUACACUGCAGAGCUGUAUCCCACAGUCUUGAGGCAGAAUGGUCUUGGUUAUACCAGUUUCUUGGCUAGGCUGGGAGCUUCUGUUGCUCCUCUUAUCAUGCUAUUAGAUAACAUCCCAGAGAUGAUUUUCUGCUCAUUUGCCAUCUUUGCUGGUGUCAUCGCUUUGCUUCUUCCUGAAACCACCAACAAAAGAUUGCCAGAAACCAUAGAUGAUGUCGAAAGGAAAUUCCCCACCACUUUUGAAAAGGCUGCGUUUGAAAAGACUGAGAAGACUGAAAAGCCAGACAUAAGUUUAAAAGGGUCAAAGCAAUAAUAGUGUGAAAUCUCUAUAGUGUAACUAAAUUAUCAACUGUUAGUUUUUACUUAUUUUAAUAGUUUUAUAUUAUUUAUUUAUCUGUUAUAGCUUGAGACUCAUCACUGUUACAGCCAUGUCCCUCAAAUGUGCAAAUGCUGACCGUUCCAUUUUUCAAAAAAGAAAUAAAUAAAUAAUAAUAAAAAAUAUUAGGUAACAUUUAACUACACCCAAAAAUGAAAAUUCUUUCAUUUACUUACCCUCAUGUUGUUCUAAACCUGUAUGAGUUUCGUUAUUGUGUUAUACAGAAAAGAAGAUAUUAGCACACAGUUGUAUGUCACUUAUUGACUUAUUGACUUCCAUAGCAUUUGUUUUUCCUACUAUGGAAGUACUAUGGUUACAGUCGACUGUGUGCUUACCAUAAUUUAUCAAAAUAUCUUCUUUUGUGUCCAUCAAGCAUGGAAAAGCAAGGACAUUUACUAAAAUAACUCCAAAUCUAAUAGAUGUUGGACAUAUGUAUCUCAGAUUGCUUCAGGGUGAGAUAUUUGGCUGGAGUAUCGCUUUAAGGGCUGUUGAUAUACAUCUAUUAAUAGUUUUAGACAUCUACUAUAUAUACAUGUUCCUCUCAGGGGUGAAGCAUUGCACUUGCAGCGCAAAUGGGUUUAAUCCCAGUGUAACACACUUUAUGAUAAAAAAUGUAUGCCUUGUAAUGCUGCACUGUAAGUCAGUUUGGAUAAAAGUGUUUGCAAAAUGCAUAAUGUAAAUAAAUCUGUCCCAGCACCAUGGACAGCACCCACACCUGCAUUAGUUUUAUUGAAUUGUAUAUACUUUCAUUACGCGUCUGGACAGAACUUAACCUCCAGUCUUUGUUUGUUUAAUGGUCUGGCUAGUGGCUAAACUGAACACUGGAACAAACACCUUGUCGAAAAUAUAAAAUGUUUUGGUUUCUUAAAGACGAGGGGAGACACUGAUCAUAGAUCACCGCUAUAUGUAAAGGGAGGUUUGGCAGCCGAUCUGUAGUUAACAUUGUAUACAUUAUUUAGUACACAUUUUACACAGUAACGUUAGCUCAGUGUUGUUUUUGAUACGCUUUAGCUGAUUUGAAGUAAGGUAAUCUACUUGAUGUUUAUUUUGCUUGUUAUCAGUAAUAAACUACUCUAAAAAGACUGUUGUAAUUGAUUGUUUGUGGAAGUUUACUGGAGGUGAUGUUUGUUCCACAAAAGUCGUUUGUUUAUUUUGUUUCUGCUGAAACCGACUAUUAUAACACCAUGUACAGCUUGUAACUGAAUAUCACUUUUACCCAAGGCAUCCCUAUUAAUUACAAACUGUCACUUGAAGACAAUCUUACACAUAAGAUUAAAAAUAUGCAGAAUUUUUGUCAAAUCAACAUAUAUGUUUAUGCUACUUUAACUUAAAAAAAUGAAGUAAAAAAAUAAACUAUAAGUAAACUAUAAUGUCAGCUAUUCACAGAUAAAAACUUAAAAUAGUACAUUGAAUUGCUUUGAAAAACCAGGUUGUUUUAAGUUCAUUUUUUAAAGUGCAGUAUAAUCCCGUUUAAUAAUCUGUAUUAAGAAAUUCCUCCGGCCCUGACCAUGUGAUAAUAAAUAAAGA